UCUCUAUUGAGUUUCUCAUUCAUUGUAAAAAUGUGUGAAAGGAAUUUGUGCUCAGAAAGACGGACUGCAUCCAUAGUCCAAACAAGUCAAAGAGACUGUCUCUGCUACAAGUGUGCAUUGAGCAGAAGAUGAAGUUUUCAGGAUGCCCCUCAAGAUGAACAAAUAUCUUUCCACAACUGGAUAUAUAACUGAGUUUUGACAAAUUCAAGCUGAGGAAAUGGCAGAUCUAAAACAGAUGAAAACUUCCUUCCUCUUCAUCCAGCUGCAGUCACCAAGCAAAUGUGCUGAGCGUUCGCAGAAGGCGUACAGUUUGGCAGAGCCAAGAACUUUAUUUGCUGUGAGUAGAGCAGCAUGUGACACACAGAGGCCAGAUUCCCCUGGAAGAGAAGACACGCAGCCUGUGUGCAGCAACUUGAAGCCACAAUCUGGGGCAUAUUAUACAAAAGGGCCUGCUAUUCUUGGGAAUGAAAAAACACAGCCUAUCUGCUGCAACUUUAUUAGACAUACAGGAGCAUAUAACAACCAGGGAACAGCUUAUCCUGGCAGAGGAAAUGCACGGUUUGCCUGUGGCAACAUAACGUCACAACCGUGUGAAACAAGAACGUGUGCUGGGACACAAGGUACACAACCCAAGUGUGGUGACUUCACAAGACAAGCAGGCAAUCAUGCCAAAAAGGAUGCAGCUUAUAUAGAGAGAGGAUACACUCAGUCCGCCUGUGGAGGCUCAAAGUCCCAACCAAGUAUAUGUAACAUAGAUAGACAAGCUUAUCCUGUGGAUGGAUGGUGUAACCCUGGGACAGAACGUCUACAACCAUCUUGCUGUGAUUUAAGGGCUUCAAGGGGAAAAUAUGUGAAGAAAAAUCCAAGUUGUUAUCAGAGAAACACACAGCCUCCCUGUAGUGACAUUGCGACACAGACAAGCUCUGCGCUCCUCCCUACCGAUACUGCAUUCUCACAUUUAAACAAUUGCAAAAAGGGAUACCCUAGUGCUGCCUGUGCGUAUGUUGUGCCACUUGUCAAAUCCACUGAUAAGCCCCUCCUCUACGACAUGGGUAAAAAACUGAAAGAAGAAGUUGCGGAUGACAACCACAAAGCUGCCCCAGAGCCAAGUAAAGUUAUUUCGUGUACUAAUUCUUCUCCGUCCUCCUGUCACCGUUAUGUUUCAAGUAGUUGGAAUGCCAUGGAUCACCAGUCAGGUAUAAAGGAGGAGAGGGUCUGGUGGAAAGUAGAAGUGUGUAAGCCCACUGUGGUGAAAACACCUCUCCUUCUGAAAAGUCCAGAGCGGAAAACAUUCCGUGAUGCCGUGGUAGAAAAAUCAUCCAGAUUAACAGGAUACACCGGCAGAACCGAGGGACAGCUACUGGCUACUAGCUAUGCUAUGACUGUAACCACUGCCAGCCCUGUCAAGCUGCAAAAGGCGGAGAGGUAUGUUUGGGUUAGUAGCACAUCGGCUCACUCGCAGAAUGUUGCCAAAGCAAAGUAUCAGUUUUUGUUUGGCGAGCCCAUGGAAUCCACACGUGAUAAUGCAUCAGAAGUUGAUGACCCUGGAAACACAAGAUUACUCCCACAGGCAGCUAGUGUCACCAAUGAGUUCCCAGAGUAUGGGACAACAGAGCACAGAGAGAAUGACUGCCUUGGAACUGGAUAUUUAAGUGAACCAACGCCAUGCUUGGGAGAACUGAAAGAACCAGUAAUGGAGAAAGAAAAUUUGUCUGUAAAGUCUGAACCAUGUGAGAAGGAAAAUCAGAAGAGCCAGAUGGAACAUUUCAUUAGUGACUGUGUAGACACUAACGGCUCCUCAAAGCCUUUCAUGUCAUCGGGAGAAACCGAACCAAAGGUCUGGCCAGAUGACGAUUCUAGUCGUGGCCAACCAUCUGUACAUGAGGGGAACACACUGGAUAGUUCUAAAGCCAAUCAUAGUUUAUUUGACCAAGUUAAAGACCUGGUGGUUCCAAGCCAAGAGAAAGUAUCCCAACCUCUUAUUACAGCAAUGGUCCCCACAGAAAGGAAAUCUUAUUUAUAUGUCGAAAAAGAAUUGGCUGCAAUUUCUGAAGAAGAAACAAUAUCUUUAUCAGAAUCCUCACUGUCACAAAUUACAGAGAUUGUAGAUUUUCCAAAAUCACAACAUUCUAAUAUUCCAGUUUCAGAUAGUAACAUCCCCAUGGGGGAUGUAAGCCCUAUCCUGAGGAAUGGUGCUAGGAACAAUACUUUUGGGUCCUUUCAAGUAGAAUCUACUGAAAAUGCUGCUAUACCUAGUGGAGAUGUUUCAAUGGUACACUUGGAAACAGAAGUUUCAGGCAAACCAUUUUCUUCAACAAUGGAUGGGUUGCAAAAAGAUUCACUUUUAUCCACAGAUACUAGUACUGUGUCAGGAGUGGUUCUGAGACAUUUCAUGAGCUCGAUGGAGUAG